AUGAUGGGUGUAGGGAAAUCCCAAAAGGGAAAAUUUUCCUUUUUGAAGAAAGGCCUCAAGGAAGGGUCAAGUCUUUACAACUUUUUAAAUGGGCUAUUUUGUGUUAGUGGAAUAUAUAUAUUUUUUUUAAUUUUUGGAUAUUAUCAAGAAAAAAUGCCAACUUUAGGAAAAGGAAGGGAUAAAUUUUAUUACAACAUAUUUUUAAUAUGCAUUUUAUGCUUAUCAAAUAGUUUGGGUAGUUUAUUAUCUAUAUUUACUAAAAGCAUGCUAAAUAAUGAGAAAUUUUUACGAAGUAUGAAAAAGAAUAUUGAUAAAUAUUUCAUAACACAAAUAAUGUUAAUAUCUAUUACAUAUUCUAUAGCAAUGAUAGCCACAAAUUAUUCAUUACGUCAUGUAAAUUUCCCAACUCAAGUUCUUGUAAAAUCGGGUAAAAUGAUACCAAUAAUAGUCGGAGGUUAUUUCUUUUUUGGAAAAAAGUAUCCAUAUUAUGAUUAUAUAUCUGUUUUUUUAAUUACAACGUCCUUAAUAAUAUUUAACCUACUAAAGACAAAAACCACAAAAGAAAUGCACCAAACAACCUUUGGAAUUUUACUUUUAUGCGUAUCAUUAUUAUGUGAUGGAUUAACAGGACCAAGACAAGAUAAAUUAUUGAGUAAAUAUAAUGUUAACUCAUUUAAUUUAAUGUUUUAUGUUAAUAUUUUUGCAUUUUUUUUUAACUUAGUAGCUUCAUUAUUAAUUGAAGGUGCAAAGCCAUAUGCAUUUUUAGCUAAAUAUCCAAGCUCUUAUUAUUAUAUAUUAGGAUUUUCAAUAAGUGGGACAUUAGGCCAAUUCUUUAUAUUUUAUUCUCUUAAAGUAUAUGGUAGUUUAUACACUAGUUUAUUUACAACACUUAGAAAAGCUUUAAGUACAGUUGUUUCAGUAUACAUGUUUGGUCACGUUUUGAAACCUUUGCAAUGGAUUUGCAUUGUUGUUAUAUUCUCAACACUUAUUAUACAAAACUAUUUGAAGAAGAAUGACAAAAAAUAUCAUAAAAAAAAUAUGUAA